AUGGCGGUGAGUGAACUAGAACACUUUGGCGGUGGCAAGCUGGCUAUUCCGGAAGCUUGGCAGAAGUGGACCAGUGCGGUGAUGACUGCCAGGAAGGAGCUUGACAUGAAAGGCUUCAGCGCGGCAGAUGCAACGCGCACUAUGCCAAGAACAAAGUGCUGUAUGCAGUGCGAGCGUGAUGGCAGCCUCGCCAUGAAGCACCAUCUGGAUGAUCCGACAGUGGCACAGCUCGCAGAGAAAGUUGUCAAGACCACGUUCGCCCAAGAACAUCAGCAGCUCGGGUUGUUUCAGGAGUACUUCGUUCCCGGCGGUCCCGAUGUUCCCGAUGAGCCGGGAUACUGGUGGAUCAAAAAGCCCUCUCAGCACCUUUACUUCCGUGUGAAGGAGAAGCAAGCGGCGGAUGUUUCCGCUUGCCACUUCAGAGGACCUCAAGGAAUGGGUAGAUGCUAUGAAUACUUCAACCAGCGCAGAGACAGCCCUGGCUUCAAGCGCUGGAAGCUGCCGCAGCUCUUCCUGUUGAAGUCCGGCGAUGGACUAUGGGUUAUGCGAGACAAGAGCUUGGAGAAGGCCAGCUGCACAGUGUUCUGCAUCCUCUUCUACACCGGCGAACAUGAGCAACGGGAAUUGUUUCAGGAGUAUUUCGUUGCCCUUACCGAUGCCAAUGGGGUGAGAUACUGGCGCAGCGACCGCAGAGAGCAGCUCUUGUUCUUCCGGUCACCAGAGCAGAUCUGGGUCCUGAGCAGUGCUGCGCAGCCGAAGGUGCCAAUCGCCAGCUCAAAAGACCUCAAAGAUUGGCAACUGGGGUCUGAGACUGUGACCGCUCCCUUGCACGUGCUGCAAACCAAACCUCAAGAGGUGAAAAACAGAUUCGCUUCAGCCUCAGGAGCCUUGGUUUUCACCUUCACUUUCCGAAAACAGCUGAAAGACUUGUCGGGGAGCUAUCAAUACUUUGGCCAGCACAAAGGCAGCCCUUGCUUCAAGCGCUGGAAGCUGCCGCAGCUCUUCCUGUUGCAGUCCAGCGCUGGACCAUGGGUUAUAAGAGGCCCGUCCUGCAAGGACCUGUGCACCAGCAGCAAUCUUAUCCACUUCGAACGCCUAGACAAGAGAAUUGAGAAGGCCAGGUGCACAGUGGCAGAGGAAUGGCCGGAGCCGCCGGAGCCUUCAUCCUUUUCUACACCGGCGCAGGCCGAAGCCGCCGCCCGAAGAAGCGCAGGGUUACGAAUGGGUAUGACAUGGAGCAGGUGCGGAAGAAACAAUAUGUCAAAGAUGAGCACGACCACGGUCUCCUGA